UUUGGAAAUGUGGAAAAAUAUAGGCAACAAUUUGUGGUAAAACAAUUUUCAAACUUUGAAACCCAGAAGCAAUCUAUAAUCAAAACCAAAAACCCAAAAUCAUACAGCAGAAAAAAAAUUGGUAACCUGUUUCAUCUGCCCCCCUUUUCAACGGCAGUAGCAUAUAAGGGUCAUAUCUUUCCCAGAGGAAAGCCUCCAUUGUUUCUUUGUAGAGCAAGAAAUUGGAGGCGAAUCGUCUGGAAUUUUAAUCUUUUGGGGCUUUUUUUUGUUUUUUUGGUAGAAGAUGAUAAGAUGGUGGAUUUCUUCUUUUCAAUUAGCUGAGCUGUUUAUUAGCUCGGUGGUUCAUCUUUUAUAUGGGUUUUAUGUGUACAGCACUGCUGUUGCUGCGGACCUUUCACAGGCUUUGAGUGAAUGUGUUUUCAAGUCUAAUGUAAGUUUAGAGGUGAAAAAGCAAGAUCCCAGUAAGUCUACUGUUGAUGAUCUGCCUCCUAUUGUUUUGGUUCAUGGCAUUUUUGGAUUUGGCAAAGGAAAAUUCGGAAGCUUUUCAUAUUUUGGAGGGGCUGAAAAGAAAGAUGAGAGGGUUCUUGUGCCUGAUUUGGGGUCUCUCACCAGCAUAUAUGAUAGGGCUCGUGAAUUGUUCUAUUAUUUGAAAGGUGGGAGAGUUGAUUAUGGUGAACGACAUAGCAAGACUUGUGGCCACUCUCGGUUUGGUCGAAUUUAUGAACAAGGGCAUUACCCACAAUGGGAUGAAGAUCACCCUAUUCACUUUGUUGGCCAUUCAGCUGGUGCUCAGGUUGUGCGUGUCUUGCAGCAGAUGCUUGCUGAUAAGGCAUUCGAGGGAUAUGAGAAUACUUCUGAGAAUUGGGUGUUAAGCAUAACAGCCUUAUCCGGGGCUUUCAAUGGGACUACAAGAACUUAUUUAGAUGGCAUGCUGCCGGAAGAUGGGCAAAAUAUGAAACCUUUAUGUCUGCUGCAGCUAUGCCGCUUAGGAGUUAUAAUAUAUGACUGGUUGGACAUCCCCUUGCUAAAGGCCUAUUACAAUUUCGGGUUUGAUCACUUUAACUUGUCAUGGAGAAAAGCAGGUCUUUGGGGUCUUGUUGAUUGCCUCUUGGGGAAUGCAGGUCCCUGGGCUACUGGAGAUUGGAUCCUUCCUGAUCUUACGAUUCAGGGAUCGAUAAAACUGAACAGUAAUCUGCAAACCUUUCCGAAUUCGUUCUAUUUCAGCUAUGCUACAAAACGUACAAGGAAGAUCCUUGGUGUCACAGUUCCUUCUGGCAUUCUUGGUAUUCAUCCUAUGCUUUUUAUGCGAGUUCUACAGAUGAGCCUGUAUCGAUAUCCUACCGAUGUUCCUCCACCGUAUAAAGGCUACCGGGACGAGGAUUGGCAGGACAACGAUGGAGCACUUAAUACGAUAUCCAUGACUCACCCUCGUCUCCCGAUAGAACACCCAAGCUGUUCCAUUGUGAAUGAUUCUGAUUGCCAACCUUUGCAGCCAGGCAUAUGGUAUUACAAGAUUGUAGAGGCAGAUCACAUAUUUUUCAUAUUGAAUAGAGAAAGGGCAGGUGUUCAAUUUGAUCUUAUGUACGACAACAUUUUUGAGCGUUGCAGAAAACAUAUUUUUAGGAAGACUUCACAAACUUUACCCAAUGAAGCUCCAUGAAUGCUUGUUAAGCAUUUUAGAGGGUUGCAGAUAACAUUCUUUUUAGGAACAAAACUCUUACAAACUUAGUGACAAAACAUUUUAUUUGUCACCAACUCUUGUAAGCCCAUGACUGGUGAAAAGAAGAAAUCAUUGUUAAAGUUCUCAGUAUGUUUUCUUCACUACCACCAUUAAUUGUAAUAUUUCCAUUCUUUA